AUGUUAAAUAUACCUACAUCGGAUGUUGUCAUUGAUACUGACAAAGCGUUUAUGCUCCGACGUAUUGGUACAUAUGCGCCAAAACUUAAAGAAGAAAUCGUUCAUUCAGUUAUGCCUAUCAAUAAUUUAUGUGAUGGAUCAUCGUCUGCAGAUGUUUGCCUGUUCACAUCACAUACCACAAGUACUAACAUUGUUGAACCUGCCACUAUAUUAUCACCUCGUGAUAUAGUCACUGCUUUACCACGUUAUGAUAGUAACCAAGCUUCCAAUUCAAUCCAAAAUGAUAUAAGUCGAAUUUUUCGUAUUCACCGUCCUGACUCAUUUAUCACAAAAACGAACUCCGCUGUGCACUUCAUCGACAAUCAAUUUCAUUCGAUAAAUAAUAUUAAAAAAUCAAUAUUUGAUUCAACAAAUUUUCUCGUUGAUGGCAAUCAAUCUGAUAUUCCACGUGUAUUGCCAGGACCGUCUAAUAUUAUACUCAGACAAAUAAAUAAUAAUAAAAUCGGAUUUGACUUCCUAACAAACGCUGAGUUAAGGUUAUUUUUAAGUACAAUUAUAUCUUCCAUCCACAAAUUUUAUAAAAUUAAUGAUUUUUCUGAAUCACUUAAUCUUUUCUCUCAACUUAUUGCCGCUCAAUCAAUAUAUAUUCUUCGUUCGUGUCCGAUUCGUCGAGAAAAUGUCUCAGCCAAUCAACCAUGUUUUAUUGUCUCUACAUUAUUUUUACGUUCGUCGAUAGAAAGUAACAUUCCACUUUCAGUCUAUCGCUUUAUUUCUCUGCCGGCAAUUGUUAAUGGUGAGCAAUUCAUGUAUUCGAAUAUACCAGAAAUAACUGGGAUCAACACAGAUGAUUAUUGA